AUGAAGAGGCUUUGGACUAGGGCAAACAGCAAACCAACAGAAACGAAGAACGACACAGGCGAGAGGAGCCCUGCCAGAGCUGAGUCCCUCCCAGUGCACCGCUGGCUGCAAUCUCGUCAUAACUCGUUCACCAGCGAAGCCACUUGUAGGAAGGCUGAAGAUUCCCUUUGCUCCCCCCCAAGCACUCACAGGGAUCCCGUCGGCCCCUGCAGUAGUGAGCACUGCCAGGCCGUAGUGGCUCGGCUCCAACACCAGCUACAAAACCUAAAAGAAGAGAAAUCCCAACUGGAAUCAUUGAUAUCCAUGCAGCGGCAGACCCUGCACCAAAUUGAUCGGGUAUCCAUCGAGGAGAAGCUUACGAGCUCCAGCGAUGCCAUCCAAAGUCUUAAUGAGCAUAUUAUAGACCUACGAAAGCUUCUAGAAGCCAAGGACGAAGAGGCAGAAAAGCUGCGGACUGAAUUGGCCGAAGUACACGAGGCGGAAAGGCAGGCCAAGAAACUGGCAGCGGAGGAAACAGCAAAAUUUGCGAAGGCAUACGCUGAUCUUAACGAACAUACCAACCACUUGAAGCUGCUUGAGCAAAAGCUGGGGGCCGUGGAAGUGCUGUUGCACCCGGAUUCUCCUAAAACGGAGAAGUCAUCGCGCGCUGGCCGGGGUUCAGGAGGGCGUAAUGAGCCCAACACAUCAGCUGACAGAACUGCAGAACAAAUCAGCGGCGAAAGUGCAUUGCUGCCUGCUGCUGUGGCUACGCUAGUAGAAGAGAUACAUGAGGCGCGCGCGAAUGCGGCCAGCCUGAAACGUCAGCUGACACAGACUCAAGAGAAGGCACAGGUGGGCUGGAGCAGUCGGGAGAAAGAUGUCGAGCUGGAAAGCCUGCGGAAGUCUUUAGUGAAGCUUCAAGAAAAGGCGGAGAAGGCUGAAUCAGUGUUGCGGCUGGGUUCGACUGACAAGCUGGAGUCCUUGGCAACCCGGAACUCAGAGCUAGUCGCCGAGCUGGCCGAGAGAGAGGAGAGUGUAGUGAGCUUAAGGCGCCAGCUGACCGAGACGCAGGGGCAAGCACAGGAGGCAGAGGCAUUGAUGAAGGAGAAAGAUGUCGAGCUGGAAAGCCUGCGGAAGUCUUUAGUGAAGCUUCAAGAGAAGGCGGAGAAGGCUGAAUCAGUGUUGCGGCUGGGUUCGACUGACAAGCUGGAGUCCUUGGCAACCCGGAACGUGGGGGAACCCGAAUCCGACGGCGCACGAUUUCCAGGCAGUAUGGAGGAGAGGCUUUCGCAAGAGUACUCUUUUGCACAGAAGCGUAUCAACCCGACUGAGCAGGCAGCUGCGGAGGACGCACAACAUAGUUCCAUGCUUAACAGUGUGGCUCAAGAGGUCGAGAGACGCUUGCAACAACAGCUACAAAGCAUAAAAUGCGAGCACGAAAAGCUGAAGAAAGAGAACAAUAAGCUAAAGCAAACGCUCAUGAACGUCGCCCAAAAGACUGUUGAUAAAGAGAACGAAAUCCAGCUCAAGGAAAAGGAAUUCGAAGCUCUUAGAGGGAAAUUAAAAGCCGCAGCCCAUAACGCCGAAGGCUGCAAGUAUCUUGCACAGAUGGAGAAGGAAAGGCGCAUCGCCCAAGUGACUCAUCUCAGAUGCAGGCUGGCUGAGUCCGAAAGGCAGAUACAGCAGCAACAAGUCCUUUCAAAUAUGCAAAAGAAAGAGUCCGUAAAACCUAUUGGAGAUCUCCAGCAACACCGAGGCCAGUUUCAUCCUACCGAGCCUCUUAUAUCUGUGCAUAGUGCAUCAAAACCGCAAUUUGAAGCAAGUUCAAUUAAAGUGCUUGCUUCGCAUACUCAUAUAGAUUCCGGGAAGUCAGGCUUGGGUCAGCGCUCAAAAGGCGAUAUAUCCCAGCUAGUGCGCAUGGGCGACACCCAAAUGUUCCGUAACAUUUUACUAGAGCCGCAAUGUGAUUCUGUUCUCAAGAUCGUUAUGCCACGGGCACCCAGAACAUAG